AUGGCGGAGCUAUCAAAACCUUCGCAGAGUCCCGUGACUCAGGCUCAGGUUCAGGUGGGAGCAGUUCCAGAACCGGCUCUGCAUAUGCCCACUCUGAAAGAAUCAAUCAAUCGACCACUGCAGAUGCACGAGAAAAACCUUAUCUAUUCUCUAUGUGCUAUCACUUCAACACACAUGUCCGGUAAAAACAUAUUAGCUCCAGGGCCACCUUCGUGGGAAAUAGCUGGCCGGUUCUUUUUAGACGAAUGUAUCAUGGUUCGACAGGGUUAUGACUUUGUGGAUGAUAGAUCAUUGUCCGCUGUUAUUUCUUCAUAUUUUGUGUCAACGGCAUUCUUCGAACUCAACCAGUCUAGGAAAUCCUGGUACUACUUGAGAGAAGCAAUGACAAUGGCCCAAGAUAUAGGGCUACAUGAAGAGUUUAAAUAUUCUGGUCUCCAUCCAGCUGAAGAAUUGUGUCGUAGACGUACAUUUUGGAUUUUAUAUGUCACGGAAAGGUCUUUUGCUAUUCUGCGUCAUAAACCUCUUACCCUCUCGAAAACGCCAGCCUUGCCAUCAACACUACAUGACUAUGAAGCACCAGAAAUUCAUUCUGGGUUUAUGCAUCUAGUACAUUCUUACCAUCUGUUAGACUCUAACUUUGUCGAUUCUUGGAAUGAAGCUUCUGAUGCACCAGUAUCAACUCUUACGUAUACAGCGCUUCAACAACAACUAAAUAUUUCAAAUUCUUCUCACGUGUCCCUUACUGCCAUACAGAAAGCUGAUAUACUCGUUACUCAACAAUGGUUGCGCCUAAUUGUUUGGCAAUCUUCGAUGCGUCAAGGGCUUCUUUCUUCUGGAGCAGCCGACGAAAGCAUGACUUUCCGAUAUCCUCUAAAGAUCGCCCACUCUCUCUUGAGCGUUAUAUCUUCACUACCUAUCACAAGUAUAGAAGUCCAUGGAAUGGGUAUUUUCGAGAAGAUAUUCGAGAUUGGGAACUCGAUGGUAGAUAUUAUGCAAGCUUAUGGAUCACAAAUUCCCCAUGAAGUAUAUGGUAUCUGUCAAGAUCCAUUUGAUAUGUUCGUAAGAACGCUCAGUCAAACACCAAACUCUCAAAGACAAUAUGCCAACCUUUUACUUGCGAAAGUGGCCGAAAAGCCAGAAAUACAGAGAUUUUCUCACACAUUGACGAAGGUGCUAUCUAUUGAUAAUAUGCCACAUUCAAACGGAUCGAUUUCGAAUACCAUUCCGCAUGUAGGCGAACAGCAGUGGGUAGGAAGUAUCGUAGGCGAGAUCAAAGCCAAUGAAGAUGCUGUAAGCAAGGAAGAUAUGGAGAAACCAACGAUAACCCAAUGA